CCGGACUGCGGCAGCUUCGCCUUGCACAUGCGCACGGCUGCCUAUCCAGCCGCCCGAAUCUGAACCUGUGCUUCGCCUCAUCAAUAAAAGCAGACACGGAAUCAGCCCGGCCCCCAAAUUGCAUCAGUGCAGACCGUGGGGCAGUGGAUGUCCCUCGACUUCAGGCACAUGCAGGCAUAAUUUCGAAUUGGCAUCUAUGAUAUUUAUUGGUAAUGAAAACCCAAGACAUGUAGCAGAGAGGAUGCUGUCGGCGAUAUCAUAUCGUGCCCGCGGGCGUCUCAGUCAGCCCAUCCAGAGCCCAUGGCUUACCCUUCUGCCGAAGUGCAGCAGAAUGAGGCUCCGUGAAGCUCAAUCUUCAGCCCCCGAAUCCCUCAAGCCCAUGGCUUGAAGGAUGGACAUGGGUAGCCUGAUGCACACCAAACCAGAGAGAUUGGAUUGGGGGCGGUUGUAGUCAGCGAAAUGGUGGCCCUUCCCGGAAGUCAGCUUUAGUUACCGGCUACGCGUAUCUCGGCACGCAUGUGGGCCUGCGAUCCUGUCUGCGUGUAUUCAAGCGCUCUCUUAUCUCGCAAAAUCGCUCGAAUAGCUCGGAGACACUGCGCAAACGAGCCGUGACGUUCAUCAAUAUCCCGCUACUGGUACGGCUGCCGGAAAUUGAGAUUGUUUUGGCACUCGGAUACAAGGUAUGAAACAAGGUCUUCUGGGUAAAGGAUAGCCUCCAUUAUUCAAACAUGGCACCUACACGAGAUUACAGCAAGCCGCAUGCUGCAGACCCACCUGAAUUCGGGAACUACUUACAGCAAAGUCCCACGAGCUCUACAAGGCCCAGCAGUGAUUCCCAAAAAGCUCGCAUGCCCCCAGAACGACAAGACCUCAAGACCGUUAGGACGAGCCUUCAAGAUGGUCGCGUACGGUGCGUGGCGUUGGUCAGGGAAGACGACCGAUUUCUCCCACGGAAUACACUUGAGGAGAUCCUGACGGAAAGAACGAUCGAAUCACUACUGCUGGAACGAGACGAAACAAGCCAAAUACAUCGGAACACCAUUGUUGGCGAUACCGCACGCAUCAAGCUUUUCGCCAUCCUUAUACUCCUGAAGAAGACUAAACGUCUCGGGGAAAUGAUACGGCUCGGAAUCUCAGAUGAUAGACUGCCAUUAUCGGAUAAUGUUUACGAGAGUUCGCAUCGACGUUAUGAAUUUGUGGAUCGUUUUCUCAAGAAGCAACCCUUAGUUGCUGUGCCCGCUUGGGACUUCACAUCCGACGAUAUAAGAGUGGAAGAGUACACAGUGAUGUAUCACAACAUGCCAUUCCUCAAAAAGGAGAAUCUUUCACGUGGUGCGCAAGGAACAGUUUGGAAGGUGGAAAUCCACCAUGCUCACUUCACGGGAAGACGGACCGGUUCGGAUCGCUGGGAGUGUUUUCAGAAAGGUCCGGAGUUCGCCGUGAAGGAAUUUUCGAAGAAAGAAGAGUUCGAACAAGAGCUCUCUGCCCUAACGAAGUUCAACUCGUCCGAGACUAAGCACAGACAUUUAAUCAGGGUUCUAGCAGCAUACUCGCAGGGCAGGACUUACUUCUUGAUCCUGCCCUUAGCUAAAGGCGACCUUGUCGAAUUCUGGAGAAAGAAUGAUCGUGAAUUGAACGACCCUCUCUGGCUACUCCAGCAGUGCCGCGGCCUUACGGAUGGCUUGUACAACAUACACGAGGGGAGGUCCCUGCGAGGUCGCCACGGUGACAUCAAGCCGCCAAACAUACUUUGGUUUAUCGACGAGUCUACACGAGAGAAUCGACUGGUCCUCUCCGACUUCACCCUGAUGCGUUUCCAUGAGCAAGGGAGCAAAACCGAAACGCUCGUACACAGCGUCGGCAGAACCAGAACAUAUCGCGCCCCAGAACUCGAUGCGGUCUUGUCGCACAAUAUUCGAAUCAGUCAGAAAUACGACGUGUGGAGCCUAGGAUGCGUGUUCCUGGAAUUCAUCAGCUGUCACCUCGUCGGAUACAACGCAACGCGUGGUGCAUAUGAUGAAAGACAGGAAAGACAUGAAAAUUACUUUGAGGGCGAUGACGGUCAGAGGUACGAGACCUUCGACACUACACGCGUGGUGGAAGACCGCAAAGUCAUCGGGGGCUUCGAAGAUAAAUACUUUGUCUCCAAGGAAAAAGUGGCGACGGUCAAAGAAUCAGUCACCAACUGGAUAUCUUACCUGCGUGGACUCGAACAUUGUCCACCUGCGCUGAGUGAUUUUCUGGAACUAAUACAGAAUCACAUGCUCGUCAUCAAUCCGACAAAACGAUGGGGUUCGAAGGAGGUACUUGGAAGCUUGGACGGGAUAUUGAAUCAAAAGGCUCAUCCCAAGGAAUACUACAAUACAGGCCGCUCGAGGGCUAUCUUCCAACGAGGCUCUUUCUUGCACGUAUGGGACGAGUCAUCAUACGAUCGAGAACUUCGGCACAAGCUCAACGAUCCGAGCGAGCAGUUCGUUUGCAGCGUGAACAACGACAUGGAACACGACUUGGGCGUCUUCGACGCUGAGUUUCGUCCUCAGUCCUCCAAUCCAGUGUAUCAUCCAAGCCGCUUUCCUCCCUCCACAACAUCAGGGGACGCUCUCGCCCCAGGAGAUGAGCGCCGUACAAUAUCGGAGGAAUCUGUUAGUGCUCAAGACCAUAGCUCGAGAGAAACCUCGGUGGAUCUCAAACGUGCUUCUUACCAAGACCUCCCUCUACGACGAGGGCCUCUGGACAAUGAUGGUCGAACGCCGCAGAUCCUGGAAAAUCCCUACAGCAUGAGCUCCAAUCAGGCAUCUGAGGAGUUUGUUCAACACGAUGCAUCCCAGGACGCACAUUUCCUACGCACACCGUCAAAAUCGUAUGAUCCUCCAACCUCAAGAGCCACGAGCGUCUUCUCCGAGGACUUACGACCCAUUUCUAUUCGGACUGGACCGUCCACUCCGGACCCUGAUGAGGUUGUAGAAGCGCAAUCAAACAUAGAGAAGCAUGCAACGAGCUCAGAUCUGGAGGCGAUCGGGGCAUGGGCAGCAGAUGAUGAUUCACAGGUUCCAGACAGAGGGGGCUCAGAUCACGAGGCUGGAUUGGCACAGGAGGCACGCCGUUCACGAAAACGCAGAGCACCCAGUUGGGGGAUAUCGGGCUCAUGGACCAAGAAAGCUUUCAAGCGUGUUCGAAGGUUUGUCGGUCUGAAGACAGAGGACUCAUCUUCAUCAUAAUGGGGGAGCUAGGAACGGCAUCUCGACGGAGGUUGCGCAGGAUUCUCUCGUGGCUACCACUGUCUCAGUUCUGCCUCUAUGAAGAUCGUUUACUACGAGCUCUGUGCUGACCCCCCC